AUGCUGCUCGCCCGUCUGCGAUCCCCAUCGGUGGCCUUGACUCGCAGCAGUUUCCAGCCACGCAUUGUGGCCAAGAUGCUCAGCACCCGUGCGUCGAACACGACAGAAAAGGCGACGGCCGAGCGCUACGACAUUGUGCUUGAUGGAUUUGCCAAGCGUCAAUUCGACGAUAAGACGUACUCGGGGACACAGAUCGAUUUUGACAGGGAGGAAUUUGUCAAGCGUGUGAACGAGAUCUAUGCAGCCAACUCGAAGCAGCUGGUGGAUGGCUACGCACCGUUUUGCAAGCACCUCUUCAUCGAGAACUUUACGGGUGCUCGUCUCAACAUUGUGCCCAUUACGCAGGCCAAUGCGCCCAUGCUCAUGUCGGACUACGAGGCCCGCACGGAGUAUGAACUGCCAGUACUAAGUCGCUGGUUCCCGAGCCACAGUGUGACUCCGAGGGUGGCGGAGUACCUGGACAUUAUCCUGUACAGCCGCGAUCAGAUCGUCAAGGAGAAUGAGGCUGUGGAGGUGCAGGCGGACCCGUCGCACAGUCAGUCCCCGUGGGGUAUUGUGUCCAUCAAGGCGCAGGACGUCGACCACGAACUGCCCAUGAAGCCUAUUACCAUGAUGCGGAAUGCCAUUGGCAAGGCGCAGGGUGGCUCGGGCGUUCCCAUUGACCGUGAUGAGUACAUGAAGGCGGUCGAGUACUGGAAGACCCACGCUGUCAUCAAGAAAAUGUAG